UUCUUAUCUCCUGAUAAGACAUACCAUGUUGAGUCACUCUGCACAUGCUCUGUUUGGUGUGUAUUGCUAGAAAGGUUUUUUUUUCUUGAGAGAGUGCAUGUGAUCAGCACAGGGCCAAUCGGCACUGUCCAGACAGAGGAUCAGGGGUUCUGCAUUCUCCUAGAGCAGAAAGAAAACUCCUCCUACAAGCUUUAACCAGUGCUCUGCUGAAGUCACAAGACUGCUCUAACUGCUGAUGAGAAAAGGUAUUUAGCAGUUUACAUUUACUAAAAUAAUUGCAUUUCUAUGUUCUGUGUACUGUGGGAGACCAGAUAUAGUGAAAGCAGGGUCUCGG